AUGUCUACAGACCAACCCUUUGGCUACCCGUACAUGUUCAUGGAGCAUCGUGGCCACUCCCUUCCGAAUGGUCUGGCGAGAACUAUACCUAGCGAACAUCUUCCCAAAGUAGCGAGGCAGCUCGCACACGUCUUUGCAGAACUUCAAAACCUAACCUUCAGCCGCAUUGGGCGCCUCUGGUGUGGAGAUGAAGCUGAUCAACCUGUUCAAGUCAUAGCUAUGGAUUGGCAUGCUUCGCCCGGUCCGCUGGAAACGUCGUUUGAAUAUUUCUACAACCAGAAACAGGCCGAAAACCGGGAAGCGAUUGACCUGCACCCAAACGAUCCAGACUGGUUGACAGCAUGCUGGGUACUGAAAUCAGGUCUCACCCACAUGAUCAUUGAAGAUAGGGAGUACAAUUUGACUGGGAUCAUUGAUUGGAGUAGUGCCCAAGCUGCUCCUCUGGAGCAGUUGUCUGUGUGCCCAGAAUUCGCCACCUUCCCAGGGAUGUCAGAUGAGGAGAAUCAACCCAUGAUCGACUUUAAGAAUCUUGUUAUGCAAUUCAUAAGGGAUAUGGAGCAAGUUCAAGAAAGAAAACCGCCUCUUGAUAGCCCAGAUCUGGAGAUUACAGGGCAGUCGAAUCUCACGCCCCUUUCCACCUACAUGGCUUCCAAGGGUGCGGAGAUCACCUACCGCCAGUACAUGUCUUCACCCAGAGGAAGUCUCUUUGCUGGGAGGAUGGUCGCUGGGCUGAUCUAUGGAAAGAGCGUUACUUGGGAGCAGUUGAAGGAGGUGUAUGGAGCUAUGUCGCUUUUCUAG